AUGGAAGUAGAUAGGAUUCUGUACAUUUUCGGAAGCUUCACGCGUAAGAAGCAAGACAGGAGGAAAUCGCUAGAGCCUUCCUCGAUAAGCGCCGGGAACAGCCCUUUGCACGCGCAAAAGCCUUCGAGGCCUGCCAGCCAAAGUCAUAGCCUUUGCGUCAGGACACGCAUGUCCGGCUGCACCGAAGGCAGGAAAAGCAGGCUAAAGGAUUGGGAGUGCGCUCUCUGCAAGAAGGAGUUGGUGGAGCCGAGGCUGCUCGGCUGUCUGCACAGCUUCUGCACCAGAUGUCUGCAAGGCCUUCAACGGGAAGAGUGCGAUGAGUGGAACGAGUUGGAAGACGGAUCAGUGCAACUAGACCCCGGAGAGCCAAGGUCAGGAUCUGGCACUGGUUCCGCGGGUUCAGGGUACGAGAGCGACGCUCGCAAUUCCAGCUCCGACGGCAGCCUCGACCUCAAGCCUCAGAAAUACGGCAUCCUCAUCAGAAAGGUAGAUGGAGACAACGUCCAGUUUGUCGUGUGCCCGACAUGCGGACACGAGACUCAGCUGCCGCCAGGGGGAAUCCCGGAUCUCCCUCUUAACUACGUGCUGCUGAGGAAGAUGUGCCUCGCCGACAAUGAUGAUAUCGGUAUCCUGUGUGAUCUAUGUGACAGUGACAACAAGGCGGUGAGCCGUUGCAGUCAAUGUCUGGUGAGCGUGUGCCCAUCCUGUGGCAAGGCACACGGCAAGCAGAGGUCCACCUCCAGCCACUACCUGGAGCCGAUAGAACCCCCGGCGAAGUAUUGCACCCAGCACCCCAGGUCGGAGCUCAGCGUUUACUGCGCCACGUGUCAACAGGUGGUGUGCCGCGAGUGCGGCGUGGUGUCGCACGGGGGCCACGCGCUGGCGAGCGCGGCGCGCGCGGCCGCCGAGCGCGCCCGGCUGCUGCGGGACGCGUGCGAGCGCGCGAAGCUGGUGCCGGAGCACGUGGGCAGGGUGGCGGGCGCGCUGGACGUGCACGCGCUGCAGACGGACUGCUGUCAGGCCGAGGCGAUGCGUCAGCCUAAUACGUCAGCGGGUCAAGCCCCGGUGGAUCGGCAGGAGCAGGCGUCCGCCGUGGAGGCGGAGGUGCGCGCGUGGGCGGAGCAGUACCGGCGCGCGGUGGAGGCGCACGUGCGCGCGCUGGCCGGCGCGGCAGCUAGGGCGCGCGCUAGGCACCGCCAGCGCAACGAGCGCGCCCACCGCCUGCUGCAGCAACGCGCGCAGCACGCGCACCAGGCUGUGCGCUUCGCCGAGGAGGUGGGUGCGGCUGCACCGCUUUUAGGAGCAUUGUACCCAGUUGUUUCUUUCGGGGUGUCAGGCAGGCUCGGCGGCUGCGACUCUUUUAAGGACGGGAAGACCCGGGGCUACGGUGGAUUGAUACGUGUUCCCGCAUCCCGGGCCGAUGAGGGAGGCGGGUGCAACAUGGGCCUCAUCAGGUACUCGUUUCUGACCGGAGUUCUCACGUGCUCUUGCCACUCCCCUGAUUCGGUGGUAGGAAACCAUCAGUCCCGAGCGAGGGAGACGCCUUCAGGCAAUGAGCGAGAGGUCCUAUUGCAGCUGCUGUGCGAGGGGCGCGAGGCGGAGCUGCUCUCGCUGAGCGGGCCGGUGCUCCGGCGGCUGCAGCGGCUGACAGAGCUGGGCGCGUUGGCCGAGCCGCCGAAGCUGGCGCUUCGCUUCGCGGCGGACGCGCGCGCCGGCCCCGCCUCCGCGCUUUGUGGACGCCUCCUCACGCAAGCGCCCGACCCCGAUAAAUGCCUCCUUCACACCGAAGGCCUUCAAGACCUUCACGUGGAUUGUGAACACGAAGCUAUUUUCGAGCUGCGCGACAACAACGGCGAAAGGAUCUGGUGUGGUGGAGAGCAGGUGGCGGGGUACUUCAGGCGGCGCGACUCAAGCGCUCGACCCCAGAGUGCGCGCGUUUUGGACCACAACGAUGGCUCUUACGCCGUCCGAUUCACUCCAACUGCCCCCGGCGCCUACCUCCUGGCCGUCACACUCAACAAUACCCCCGUCAAGGGGAGUCCGUUCCCGUGUGCAGCGCGCGUGUUCAAGUCGCACUCGGGCCAAUUCCACUGCUGCACCUUCUGCUCGAGCGGCGGAAGGCGGGACGUCACCUGCGGCUGCGGUGCCACCAUGGCCGGCGGUUACAAAGGUUGCGGGCACGGCCACGCCGGCUGGCCGGGCGCGCGCCACUGGUCCUGUUGCGGCAGCACGCGCCCGCACGGCCACUGCGCCAACCAGCCGCCGACACAGCGCCUCUACCAGUUCUCGCUG